AUGUGUGCAAUGCAUUGGUGCAAUGGAAAGGACGAGAGUUUGAGUAUAAAAAUACUCUGGUACUUGUUAGAAGCAUUGAUCUUUCUAGCAAUAAAAAUCUCCAAGUCUUGCAGAGCUUGUUUCUUUGAACUUAUCAUGAGAAAUAAUGUGACAGGAAAUAUUAUUCAACAAAUUGGUCAAUUGAAAAUUUUAGAUGCUCUCGACUUGUCAAGAAACCAUCUUGCUGGUGGAAUUCCUAUGGGCCUUGCUCGGUUAAAUUAUAUCAGUGUCUUGGACUUGUCAAGUAAUGACUUGUCUGGUAAAAUUCCGUCAAGUACUCAACUGCAGAGUUUUGAUGCCUCAGCAUUUGCAGGGAAUCCCAAACGUUGUGGGUUUCCACUUCCAAAUAAGUGCCUAGGAGACGAGACAAAUCUGGAUCCUUCCAUUACCAAUUGCUGCAAGGACGAUAGCAUUGAAGACAAUUUUAUGACGCGAGAAUUUUAUAUCAGCAUGGUGGUGGAUUUGGUGGAGUUCUUGCCACUUUGCUUCUUAAACGCUCAUGGGAAUAUGCCUAUUUCAAGUUCUUGA